AUGAAUGAAAUGAAGGAAGAUAAUGAAGGGGCCUAUGAUUGGUUGAUGAAGACACCAGUACCGAUGUGGGCAAGACAUGCUUUUGAUCAUAGAGCCAAAAGUGACCACAUCACCAACAACUGUACUGAGUCAUUCAAUCACUGGGUAGGACCCUUGAGGAGUAAGCCUAUCCUUACUUUGGUGGAUGAUCUUAGAGUGAAGAUGAUGAAAAGGUUACAUAAAAGGUAUGAGAGUGGCUUAACCAGUUUCACAAGGCUGACUCCAACAAUUUGUGAGAAACUGGAGGCAGUAUGGAAGGGUAUGAGGCACUGUGUACCCAUUUCAGCAGGUAGAGAGAUGUUUGAGAUACAAGAUGGAUCUGGCCUAAGAUAUGUUGUUAACAUGACUGAGUCAACUUGUGAGUGUGGGGUGUGGGUAGCCACGGGGUUAUCUUGUAAACAUGUUGGAGUUUGCAUUCCAAAUUAUAGGGGAACUUUAGAGGACUAUUGUGAUCCAGCUUACACCACAGAAAGAUAUUUAAUGGCCUAUCAAGAAAUCAUUUACCCAUUGAGUGAUCUUAGUACACUGCAAGAGACUGACUUGCUUCCUCCAAUAUUAAAGAGAGGGAUUGGUAGACCUCGUAUGAGUAGGAGAAGAGAACCAGAUGAGGCAACCCCAUGCAAUUCAAGGAAGAAGAGAAGGAGUAUCAAAUGUCAACUCUGUGGAGGUAUUGAUCAUAACAGGAGGACUUGCAAGUAUAAAGACAAGAGACCAUCCACUUCUCGCAGUGCUCCUAAGAGAAAGAGAAACAACAGGGAUGAUGAUGCUACCUCUACAUAG